GCGCGACGGGCCAGCAGCUUGCCGGCGUCCGUCCCGAGUUUCCGUUGUGCGUCCGUCACGUGCCGUCGCGAAAAUCGCGUCCGCGACCGUUUCUGUUGGUGUUUUCUUAUCCGUGAAAAAUCCGUCGUCACAAUAUUAUAAUAUUAUUAUAUCGCUGUCGUGUCGUGCGAACGGGUUGAAAACCCGAUUGGUGGUGGAAGACCAAAAAAAAAAAAAAAAAAUUAUACAUAUUAUAAUACGUACGAAAACAAUAUCUGUUUACUCGGCGAAAUCGCACACUGCUGUGUCGAUCGCGCGUGUGAUAUAUUAUAUACAUAGAUCGUGAUUUAUAAUAUAUUAUAAUUUAAUAUUGUCGUUAAUAUUAUUGAUAUCGCGCGGCACAGGACUCACGCGUGUGCUUGUGGUGCUCAGUGUUAAACAAUAAUAAUAAAUAAUAUUAUCGUGUUGUCAUAAUAAACAUAAUAAUAUUGCGAUAUUAUUGUCGUAGUGUCGGUGUCGCGGUCGUGCGGGGGUGUGUGCGUGUGACCGUGCGAUAUGUCGGCCGACGAGAUCCGUGUCCGCCGACGUCGCUGACGACGACGACGACUACGAAAUCUCGCGAGAGACCGACCGGUGGAAAAUCGACGUCCGUCCGACCAGCGUUUCGUCGCACCGUUCGCCGCGAAUAUUAAUAACCAGUGAUAACAUUAGAGAACCGCCGCCGCCGCCGCCGCCGUUCUUGGUUCAUACCGGGGGUUUACUUUUGGUUUUUGUAAUUUUUUUCUGUCGACGAUUGUGCGCCGAUAAUAAUAUAACGAUUAAGUCCGCGAGGAUUUCACUGUUGCAGCAGCAGCAGCCAACGACGACGACGACGACGACGACGACGAAGGAGAUCGUCAAAUAAUUCUCCGCUGUCCGACGGACUGUCAACACAGAACCAGAGAACGGGGAAAAAAAAAAAUAAACGCGCCCCUUCUCUAAAUUGUCUCCACUUUAUUGUUUGUUUUAUGCAUUUUCUCUGCGCGCCGUCCGAUCGAUUCGCGUCGCUAUGUUGACAUUAACGGCACUGGGAGUAGACUUAAUGUCCUAGGGCGGUCGGAUAAAAAAAAAAAAAAAAACAACUAAAAGGCGAAGAGUAUAGUGUGGGAGAAGAGUGCGGAAAACAAAGAGAAGGAAUAAGAUUUAAAAAAAAAAUUGUAAGCAGGGGGCGCGUUUACUGCACUUUAGGAGGAUGUACUCGACAAAAGCAACAGCCAUGACGUUCCUGGUGGCCAUAUUUGCAGUGAGCCCACUUCAGUCUUCCGAAGAAAAAUACAACCCUCAGCAGCAGAAGAAACAGGUGUCCGAUUUUUUGGUCAGGCCGUUUUUCGACACGUCCGUGUCGUCCAACAUCACCACGCAACUGGGCGGCCACGCUUACAUGCCGUGCAGGGUCAAGCAGCUGGGCAACAAAUCGGUUUCAUGGAUACGGCGGCGGGACUCGCACAUACUCACCAUCGAUUGGCUGUUGUUCAUCGCCGACGAUAGGUUCCGAAUAUUUCUGGUCGAGCCAACGUGCACGUGGACGUUGCAGAUAAAAUAUGUGCAGCCCAGGGACGCUGGCAUUUACGAAUGUCAAAUAAAUACAUCGCCUAAAAUGAGCCAUUUGGUUCAGCUCAAUGUCGUAGUGCCAAAGAUCGAGAUCAUGGGCGAGUCGGACAUACACGUGAUGGAGGGCAGCUCGGUGAGCCUGAAGUGCGUGAUUCGGCAGAGCGUCCGGGACCCGGACUACAUAUUCUGGUACCAGAACAACAAGCGGGUGCUGGACUACGGCAAGGGCGCCAAGGUGAUCAGCAGCGAAAGGUUGGACGCCAACACGAUGGUGGCCACGUUGACCAUCAACAACGCGGUUCUGCACGACUCGGGCAACUACACGUGUCAGCCGUCUAACUUGGACUCGGCCAGCGCGUACCUGCACGUCUUGAACGGCGAACAUCCGGCAGCCAUACAGCGGGGACACAGUUCCGGCACUCAGAUACCCAUCCGCCUAUUGGGGCCCCUGUCGGCCGUUUUGGGUCUCAGCUCCAGCCAUUCGACGAGGGCCGCCCUGCUGACGACCGCGUUUGCCGUCGACCUGGCCGUCCGGACGCUGUACUCGAUGAUCGUCUAAACGGGCGGGAAUCGAUCGCGACGAGCCUGCGGUACAGCAGCCACCGCCGCCGCCGAACACGACUUACAUACCAAAUAAUAUUAUUAUUCAAUGAUGAAGAAAGAAAAAUACCCUGUCCCCUGCCCCUGCCCCCCCACCCCACAAAAAAUAUUACACACCGUCGCCGACGGGAAAACCACGUCCGACGGCGUGCAGGAAAGGUUAGCGUCUGCAACGGAACGCGCCUAGUAUAGGUAAUAAUGAUAAUAAUAUUAUGUUACCGAAAUACAUUUUGCGCCGUACCACCGAUAUAGAUAGCCCAAAGUCGAUAUGUUUGCGCUAUUAUAAUAAUAAUUGUCGUUACAAUAUUAUAUUCAUUAUAAUAAUUAUCGAUUGUAUUACAAUGUAUCCAUUGUGAUCACUAAUAUUAUAUUAUUGUCGUGCUAAUGAAAUACCAUGCGGUGGCGACGAGUCUGUGUCCUAUAAUAUUAUUAUUAUUAUUAUUAUUAUUAUUAUAAUAUUAUACUCGAAUCACGCAGGUGUCCGUCGGCGACGCGUUUUUUUCCGAACGUGUACAGUUUUUUACGUGUAUUUACUAUAUUAUAAUAUAUUAUUAUAACUAUCAUUAUUAUUAUUAUUAUUACUAUGAUUAUUAUUAUUAUUAUUAUUAUUAAUGGA